AUGUCUGCAGCUGAAACUCAGAAUUCUGUUGAGCGGAUUCCACUGUGUAGUACGAACACUGGCCCCUUCGAUAACCCGGAGGACUGGAACACGCGGCUGAACGAGGAGUUUGCAGCUCUGAUUAGCUAUGUUGAGGAGAAUAAGCAGAACAACACCGAGUGGUUCACUCUGGACUGUAACGAUGAUGGGACCAGUUGGUUCGGCGAGUGCUGGACCGUACAUAACAUGAAGACCUAUAAAUUUGAACUGGAACUGGAGAUUCCCGCUGGAUACCCGAACGCUCCCUUCGACAUCAUCAUCAGGUCUCUCGAGGGGAAGACAGCCAAGAUGUACCGGGGAGGGAGAAUUUGCCUGGACGCUCACUUCCUGCCGCUUUGGCAGAAAAACGUUCCCAAGUAUGGUAUCGCACACGGCCUGGCUCUGGGACUCGCUCCCUGGCUCGCCGCUGAGAUUCCUCAUCUCAUCAGCAUUGGGGUUCUGGAAUCGUAG